GCUAUUACUUGACAAUUUCAAAUCAAAAAUCAAAAAUCAAAAAGAAACCAACAGAUCUGCCUCUUCUCCAGCCCUAAUCCUCCUAUGACCUCAUACGCCACCUGAAACCAUCAUCUACACUAGCACAACUGAAAAGUACCUCUCCUUUUCAAUCGGUGGCUUCAUUUCUUUGACUGAGUCGUCGUUCAUGGUGGAUUUCUUGCUUUGUUGAGUUCCGGUGGAAAAAGUUGGGACUUUCAACUGGUUUUAGCGAAAAUGGAGAGUAAACCUGAUUCGAGUUCUGUCUCGGGACAGCUAUUGACAGCUUUACUAUCCGAAAAGGUGAUUGGCGGGAAGAGGAAUAUUCAUGAAUCGGGAUACAAAGAGGAACCCAUUCGCAAGCGGGUCAAAAUGAGAGAUCUUGAAUCUGUGUUCAGGUCCGAAGGAAUCAGUACUCACUGCUCUCAGACAGACAAAUUGUCUUGUGAUGAAUUGCAGUCUGGUGAAGAGAUGUCACAGGUGACCAACGUACCUGUAACUUUGGAUUUCGAGGCUUCUCAAGUGGAAAGAAGUGGAAGGGGCACAUUCCCAGUGGUAGUUGACCCUGUUACUAGACCACUAAACCUCAAUACUGAAGUUUCUCUAGCCAAGAAUUCAGUAUGCGAUGUGAAUUUAAAAUUUCCCGAGAAGUUUGACAAGUUAAGCUUGCUCACAAAGCAAGAAAAUGAACAUGAUAUUACAUCUAUAGCCUCUGGUGGGGUAGGCUUAGAUCUCAAUGCCGAAGAUGUUUCGAGCUCAGAAUGCCAAGAAACUUCUUAUGGUGACAGUAAGAGCGAUCAAUUAAAGUCGGUAGAUGUUCCUGAGUGUGGGAGUACUACUGGUUCCCAAGAGGAGAAGGACUCAUUGAGAAUUUGGAAGGAGAUGAAGCAAAAUGGAUUUCUCUCAUCUUCUCAUGGAGGCUUGGUAGCGCAAAGUGGUUUUCUCUCAUCUUCUCAUGGGGGGAUACCAGUACCAAAGCAAAGAGGGAGGAAAAGCAAAACUGAUGCAGUUAAGAAGAGACUUGAGCUUGCAAAGAAAGAACAGAGUGACAGGUUUGCAAAAAUGGCUGCUCCCAGUGGACUGCUCAAUGAAUUGAACCCUGGGAUUAUUAACCAUGUGAGGAAUAGAAAACAGGUGCAUUCUAUCAUAGAGGCCCUAGUAAGAUCUGAAAAGCUUGAAAAUGGUCAUAUUGGAAGGAAACAAGCAAGCUAUCUGGCAGGUGGCGCUAAAGAAACUAGUAACCGAAAGGAGAAGGAAACUUCAAAUGAUUCAGGAAUACAUGGAAUGAGACUUUCUACUGGAGAUGGGAAGUUAGCUACAUUAUCUGUGGGCCAGCAGACAAUAGGGUACCCGACAUCAAGUGGAGAUGGCAAUUCAAGCAUGGUAGGCAGGGCUCUUGAUAGAAAUUGUAUCUCAAACUCGAACACUGUUAGGGAUGAUGAUAUGUUUGCUCUAAAGUCGUCAACUUCCAUGAAGGCAUCUGAAGAUGCUAUUUCUAUGUUUAAUGAGGAAUCAACAAAUAUCUCCAGUGUUUCUUCUCUCUCAGUAAAGGCUGCUACUGUUACUUCUCAGUGGUUGGAACUUAUGCAUCAAGAUCUUAAAGGACGGCUUUCAGCAUUGCGACGUAGUAAAAAGAGGGUUCGAGCUGUAAUCACGACAGAACUGCCCUUUUUAUUAUCGAAAGAGUUUUCAUCAAAUCAAGAGAAUGGUCCUUUUAUUUUGAAAGGUUCUUUUGAUGGAUUGUCCAGUGAUGCAAUCUCUGCAAUGCAUCAAGCAAGAUGGAACACACUGUUUGAUCAGAUGGAUAAAACACUUUCAGAAGAAGAAAUUCAACUUGAAAGCUGGUUGAACCAAGUAAAAGAAAUGCAACUGCUUUGCGAACAGGGAUUGCAACAUAUGCACUGGAAUAUAGGUUUUGAUUCACAACCACCUGGAACAUCAGAAAGUGACUCCAGGCCUAUGAAAGUAGAUUGCUCAGGAAGGGAAUUGUCUGUUCGUGCAGCUGCGGCUUCAAUCUAUUCAACAUGCAAUUUUCUGAUGUCAAGGGAGAACUUGCCAUGUUUCUGAUCCAAUUAACCGAGGUCCCUCUCCCAUUCAAUCUAAUUAUUUGACCUGACAGUGCUAAUUCUGGCCUUGAAACAUUAAGUCUGAUAUGACCAUGUUGACUUGUGAAUUUGUAAUAUGAGAAAAAGGUAGUUAUUGGUCCCCAAAACUUAAAAUUUGUCAGCUCAAUAAGUGUACUGCCAGAAUCUGAUUGUUUUAGAAUCUCAGUUACAUGAGAAAGAUGAGAGAUUUACUCUUGAUAAAGUCCUGAAUGUAUUAAUGGAAUUA